UUUAAACUAAUCCACCAAACUCCGUUUUAUUUCCUGCGAAUCUUGUCUCAAGGGGUAUGUUUUUGUUCUCAUCGAAAUCAAAUUCAAGCCUAGGAGUUGUUCUUUUUCUUUGUACAUACACUUAAGCUAGUAGAUACAAAUUAACAAUGUCUGAAACUAUCAUCAACGAUGAAGAUGUGGACGUCGUUAUUGCAGCUCUUCGUUCAGAUAUGUCCUCUUUCAUGGAACAAUGGAGACCAUUCUUUUCGAGAUUUCAUCUGAUUAUUGUCAAAGAUCCAGACCUUGGAGCUGAUCUCCAGAUACCAGAUGGUUUUAAUUAUAAUGUCUACACAGAAACUGAGAUCGACCAGGUUCUUGCAUCCACACCAGUUAAACACAUCAAUUUCUCAGGUUAUUUCUGCCGCUACUUCGGCUACUUGAUGUCUCGCAAGAAGUACAUCAUCUCCAUCGACGAUGAUUGCUUUCCCAUAAAAGAUGAUAAAACUGGUAUUUUGAUAGACGCAGUGGGUCAACAUAUCACAAAUCUUAAAACUCCUGCAACUCCCACGUUUUUCAACACACUUUAUGAUCCUUACUGUGAUGGUGCUGAUUUCGUUCGUGGGUAUCCUUUUAGUCUACGAGAAGGUGUGAAAUGCGUUUUAUCUUGUGGUCUCUGGCUAAAUUUAGCAGACUUAGACGCACCAACACAAGCACUGGUACCAGAUAAGAGAAACACUCGGUAUGUUGAUGCAGUACUGACAGUACCUAAAAGUAGCUUAAUGCCAAUGAGUGGUAUUAAUGUGGCAUUUGAUCGUGAGAUGAUAGGACCAGCUUUGGUUCCUGGAUUGAGAUUAGCUAGCGAAGGAAAAGUAAGAUGGGAGACAAUGGAAGAUAUUUGGUGCGGACUAUGUGCUAAAGUAGUCACUGAUCAUCUAAAUCUGGGUGUCAAGAGUGGAUUACCUUAUGUAUGGAGAAACCAAAGUGGUAAUGCUGUUGAAAGUUUGAAGAAAGAAUGGCAAGGAAUGAAGUUGAUGGAAGAAUUGGUCCCAUUUUUUCAGGCAGUGAAAUUGUCUGCAACUACUACGGAGGAUUGUGUCGUUCAAGUGGCUAAUAUGGUGAAGGAGAAUUUGGGUUCAUCUCACGAGUCUAUUGGUCUUGCGGCCGCUGCCAUGGUUGAAUGGGUUAGCCUCUGGAAGGCUGUUCAAUCUUGAUCCUUUCAUUUUCUCUCUGUCUAGAGAUAUUAUACUUGGGCAUUUUUUGUAUCAGUUUUGUGCUUUAAUCUUUGUCUAUUUUGUAUGUUUAUUACAAUAAGAUCUCAGGAGAGACGAGUCGGUAAACAGGUAAGCAAAUAAUAUAUUGCCUGUUCUUGCUUUCAUAUCGAGAAUUUACCCUUUCAAUAAACUCUAUUCUGAUCCUUCUACAGAAA